AAUUAGUGAUUGCAAUACAGUUAGGUCAAUCAAGAACGACAAGUUUUAUCUGAAAAUAUCAUAAAAUGGUUUGGAAGUUUGAAGUUCCAAACACUGCUGUCUGCAUAGGAUUAGCUGGGGUGACAGUGCUGGCUGUGAGAAGAGUACUGUUAUUCUGGAAAGCAACAUGCCCAAGCAGAUCUCUGAUGCUAGGAAAAACUGUGGUUGUGACCGGGGCAAACUGUGGCAUUGGCUUUGAAACAGCUCUUGAAUUGGCACACAGAAAAGCCCAUGUUAUACUGGCUUGUCGGGAUCUAACCAAAGGCCAGAAUGCAGCCAAGCUCAUCUCCAGGAAGACUGGAAACCAAGAAGUUGAGGCAAAACAGCUUGAUCUAUCUUCAUUUAAGUCUGUCAGAACAUUCUGUGCAGAUUUGAACGCUAACCUGCCAAAGCUGGACGUUCUUGUUAACAACGCGGGUGUUAUGAACAUACCGUACAGCCUAACAGAGGAUGGACUGGAGACUCAUAUGUCUGUGAACCACUUUGGCAAUGUCCUGCUAAGCAUGCAGCUUCUGGAACUCCUGGAGAAAUCUGCCUCGGGCAGGAUUGUGUUCGUCUCCUCGUCCUUGCACAAGUACGGCCAAGUGGACCUUCACAACUACAACACCGAGGAGGCAUACAAGACACAGAAACCAUAUGCCUCAAGCAAACUAAUGAACCUUUUGCUUGCAAGAGAAUUGCAUCAGAGGGUCUCCGAGAAUGGCAAAAUAUCAGUGUACUCCAUGCACCCCGGAAUGGUAAGGACGCAGCUGGGUCGCCACUCUUUCAUGUUCAACAAGUACUUUAAGGUCCUGUGUUUUCCCCUGCAUGCCAUUCUUUACUGUCUUUACGUUCUCCUGGUGAAGACUGCCAGGGAAGGCUGCCAAACAGUCAUUUACUGCGCGCUGGCACCUGAGCUGGAGGGAUGCUCUGACGGUUACUAUGGAAACUUUGAAAAACAAUCUUGGUCUCCAAAAGCUAAUGACCUUGACCUUGCAAAAAAAGUAUAUGAUCUUAGUUUAAAAGUUACUGGACUAAAAUAGUUGUUGACAUUAUGCUGUAACAACGUUAACUUUGUUGACAUUGAUACUUUUUCAUUAUUCUGGUUUGUUUGGUACUAAGUAAAUAAAAGAGUUUCUUGAAGUCAUA